AUGCCUCCCAUUGCUCGGCCCCGCCGCAUUGUCGGCGUCUCGCUGAAAAUGUACUUCGACCUGCCCAGCACCCUCUCCUACAUCCGCGGUGUCCUCCAACUCGACGGCGAUGCCUGGAAUGCCCGCACCGAUCUCUUUGUCAUCCCCGACUUUGUCUCCUUGACCGAAUCGGCCCGCAUCCUCGAGUCGUCGUCCAUUAUCCUCGGCGCUCAAGACACCUUCUGGGAGGACAAGGGCGCCUACACAGGAGAAGUUAGCCCGCUUGUCCUGAGACAGGCCGGUGCGAGAAUUGUGGAGAUUGGCCAUGCCGAGCGGAGAGCCCUCUUUGGUGAAAAUGACGAGACGGUUGCAAAAAAGGCAGGGGCUGCUGCGAGAAACGGCCUUAUUCCACUCGUAUGCAUUGGCGAGAAGACGCAUCAUGGUGUCGCUUCAGCUGCCGUCGGAGCUGCUGUAGACGAAUGCACCCCCCAGGUCAAGUCGGUCCUGGCUGCUGUGCCCGACGAUACCGAGGUCAUUCUGGCUUAUGAGCCCGUGUGGGCCAUAGGCGCAAAAGAGCCUGCAGACCCUGAUCAUGUAGUCAUGGUGACAAAAGCGCUGAGGUCGCUGGCUGCUGGCCGCAAAGGUCUAACAAGAAUCGUCUAUGGCGGCAGUGCUGGCCCAGGCACUUUUGCAAAGAUUGCCGACGGCGUAGACGGCUUGUUCUUGGGCCGCUUCGCACAUGAUCUCCAUAAUCUCAAGAAAGUCAUAGAAGAAGUCGGUGGUGCUUGA